AGCCUAGCAAGCGAACGGCGAUCAAUCAGAGCGCAGGAGCGGCAGCCGGGGAGCGGCUGGCCAAUCAACGUGGGAGCGGUGAGGAGGGGGCGGAGCCUUCGUGCAAGGAGCACUGCGCAGCGCGACUGCGCUGCGGAGCCGGAACGGAGCGAGACCUGGUCGAAGCUGGGUUGAAAGCUAGCUGAAUCCAGAGGCUCGCAGACUGAACGAGCAUUCCUCUCCCACCGGCCUCUCCACCAUGAUUCACAGUCUUUUCUUGAUUAACUCUUCCGGAGAUAUUUUCCUGGAGAAACACUGGAAAAGUGUGGUCAGCCGCUCUGUGUGUGAUUACUUCUUCGAGGCCCAAGAGAGAGCUACCGAGGCAGAAAAUGUGCCUCCGGUCAUCCCCACCCCUCACCACUACCUCCUGAGCGUUUACCGACACAAGAUCUUCUUUGUGGCUGUGAUCCAGACAGAGGUCCCGCCUCUGUUUGUCAUUGAAUUCCUUCACCGAGUAGUGGAUACAUUUCAGGACUAUUUUGGGGUCUGUUCCGAGCCAGUGAUCAAAGACAAUGUGGUGGUGGUAUACGAGGUAUUGGAAGAGAUGCUGGACAAUGGGUUCCCCUUGGCUACGGAGUCAAACAUCCUCAAAGAACUGAUAAAGCCUCCCACCAUUCUCCGGACAGUGGUCAACACCAUCACAGGAAGCACCAAUGUGGGGGACCAGCUUCCAACUGGGCAGCUGUCGGUGGUGCCUUGGCGACGGACAGGGGUGAAAUAUACCAACAACGAGGCCUAUUUUGAUGUGGUGGAAGAGAUAGACGCCAUCAUCGACAAAUCAGGUUCCACAGUCACCGCUGAGAUCCAAGGGGUGAUCGAUGCCUGUGUUAAGCUGACGGGGAUGCCGGAUCUCACUCUGUCCUUCAUGAACCCCAGGUUGCUGGACGAUGUUAGCUUCCACCCCUGUGUCCGUUUCAAGCGCUGGGAAUCUGAGCGCAUCCUCUCCUUCAUCCCUCCUGACGGCAACUUCCGCCUGCUCGCCUACCACGUCAGUGCACAGAACCUCGUUGCCAUUCCAGUCUAUGUCAAACAUAGCAUCAGCUUCCGGGACAGCAGUUCACUUGGACGCUUUGAAAUCACGGUGGGACCCAAGCAGACCAUGGGGAAGACCAUAGAGGGUGUGAUUGUUACCAGCCAGAUGCCCAAAGGAGUCCUGAAUAUGAGCCUCACUCCAUCUCAGGGGACACACACGUUUGACCCCGUGACAAAGAUGCUGUCUUGGGAUGUAGGAAAAAUAAACCCACAGAAGCUGCCAAGUUUGAAGGGNACGAUGGGUCUCCAGGUCGGAGCUUCUAAACCAGAUGAGAACCCUACGAUUAACCUGCAGUUUAAGAUCCAGCAGCUGGCCAUUUCUGGACUCAAAGUGAACCGUCUGGAUAUGUACGGAGAGAAGUACAAGCCUUUUAAAGGCAUCAAAUACAUGACCAAAGCCGGCAAGUUCCAAGUCCGAACCUGAAGGGAAUGUCUUGCCGAAGGAGCAGUUCAUGGACACUUUUUCAUUUCUUACUUGUCUAAAAGUAAAAUGUCAGCCUGUUUCUUAGGUCCAUUCCCUCCAGGCUCCAUCUACUCCCUUUUGUCCUCCGUCUUCAGCCACAUAAGUGAUGGAGGGAGAGGCCAACCCCAGCGCAGCACUGACUGAGUCCUCGAGGCGUGNCCUGGAGAGCAGUGGCCUGUGACACUGCAUUUCACCGCUUUUAACAUGGUUGCCGUGGGGAAAGACAGGCCUGUGAUGUUUGGUUUCAGUCACCUAAACCCAAUGGAAGAUGUCUCUAUUGUUUUUUUAUUUUUUUAAGAUAGAAAGAUAUGAACGGGGAAAAAAGAAGAUUGGAAGAAAAAUGGGUGUUAGUCCAAG